CCUUACACUUUUCCGGACUUUUUCCAUUGACUUUAUCGUUCACUGGCAGAGAUAAGACUGAGGCCCUACGUUGAACCUCUUCGCCUCUUUACCCCGGCCAAAUACACAUUUAACACAGAAUAAAUGAGUCAAAAAAAAUGACAUGUUUAAAAGCACUUUAAAGUUAACUUUAUCAAUCCAUUGCACUGGUGUCGAUUUAUUUACUUUCGCAUUUACUUCAUAAAUCAAUGUACGAUUUUUCUCUGGAUUCUCCAUCGACCAAGAUAACUGAUCGAUGAUAGUAAAGAAAAGAUAGUACUAGCCGAGUAACCGUGACGGGCGGAUCUUCCAAUUUUCCUCGUGAUUUUGGGAGUGGAAAAUUUUGAUAGGGCGUCGGUGCGCUGGCCGCGACUCGACGCUUUCUUCAAUUAUCUGUGAGAUUCUUCAUAAGAUCGUUAAGCUUCAACAGAGGAGAGGUACAAAUUUUUUAUAUUGAGAUGGAAACAUCGGGGAUGAUGAACGACGGUAAUACGAGGUCGGGGAGAAAACAGGAGAUCGGUCAAAUGUGGCAGUACCUUGCGGCAUGUUCAGCGAGCUGCCUGGCAGUUGGAGUUGGCACAGCCUUGGCCUGGACAUCCCCGAUCCUUCCCAAGCUGAACCAAAACUCAUUCCUCCCGGUGUCCGAGGACGAAGGCUCCUGGGUGAGUUCUCUCCUAGCUCUGGGAGCAAUCGCAGGGGCACUCCCUGCCGGAGCCCUUGCCAACAUACUGGGCCGGAAGAAAGCUCUGCUCUGUCUCUCGGGUCCAUUCCUCGUUUCCUGGCUCAUGAUUGUACUUGCCAGGAGCGUUUGGCUGCUUUGCGUGGCUCGAUUCAUCGUUGGAAUCGGUGUCGGGGCUGCCUGUGUCCAGGUCCCCUCGUACAUCGCAGAGAUAGCCACACCCUCAACCAGAGGAACACUUGGAGCCAUGUUCCAACUGUUUCUCGGGGGAGGAAUUCUUAUGGCCUUUGUCCUGGGGGCUGUCACGUCGUACACUGUUUUUGCUAUUCUCUGCGCCCUGGUAGAAGUUGUUUUCAUUGGGAGCUUUGUGUUCAUGCCUGAAUCACCUUCUUGGCUCGUUGGACAAGGUAGAAAGCCAGAGGCCACAAACGCCCUGAAGACCCUCCGCGGGUCUAUGUACGACCCCAGCGAUGAACUCGCUGAGAUGCAGCGAGAAGCUGAGGAAAAUGCCUCAAGAAAAAGCUCAGUGUUUGAUUUAAUUCGAACGAGGGGCUCUCGAAGAGCUGUUCUAGCCUGCUUCGGUGUUAUGAGUUUCCAACAAUUAUCUGGUAUCAAUGCCGUUAUUUUCUACACUGUAACAAUUUUUGAGGCUGCUGGAAGCAGCAUGAGCUCGGACGUUGCUGCCAUCGUCGUGGCACUUGUACAGUUCGUGAUGUCAGGGGUGGCAGCCGUAAUAGUGGACCGGGCCGGGAGAAAACCACUGCUAAUUUUGUCCUCGAGCCUGAUGGGCAUAAGUUUGAUAGCUCUUGGAAUUUACUUUAAAGUGAAAGAUUCAGGAAGCGAUGUCUCCAGUUUAGGAUGGCUUCCCCUAACCUCUUUAACUCUCUUCAUGAUCGCAUUUUCCGUAGGACUGGGACCAAUCGCCUGGAUGUUGAUGCCAGAGCUGUUUACGAUUGAAACAAAAGCUGUGGCCUCAAGUCUGGCAGUAAUGCUCAACUGGUUCCUCGUCUUUCUAGUAACUAAAACAUUCCCAGCGAUGAAGGAUCGUCUGGGUUCAGCAAUGACCUUCUGGAUAUUCGCUGGUAUCAUGAUCUUUGCUUCGGUCUUUGAGUACCUAUUCGUCCCUGAGACAAAAGGAAAAACACUUCAGGAAAUUCAAAGUGAACUUAACGGUCGUCGAGCUAUAACUCCAUAAUUAUUUAUUUAAACCACGUUAUCCGUAAUUUCGCUGCUGCCCGUACCGUUAAUUUUUUUAAUUGAUCACUUGUCAUUGAAAUGUUUCCAUUAGUUGCCGGUACAAAUAUGGAAAAAAAAAGAACAAAAUUGUGAACGAACCGAGGAUGCAGUACAAUUCCUUGAUGAUUAGACUGAUUACAUAUCUCAAGAGGACUGACAGUUUCUCGUGAUUUUUUAUCGAUUACCUAUCAAUUGAUA